AUGGGUGAUUCCGACUUUGGUGACACAAACUUGGUCACUCCGGUUUCACCGGACGAUAUCUUCGGUCUCCUCGAGGCUUUAGACGACGUAUCGGAGUUAUCUCCGAUGACUGCAAUGGAUGAAACUAAUCUGCAGGGUUCAAAGGAGGAUGAAGAGACAAAGAUGAAGAGAUUAGUUUCUCAAAAAUCAACUUCUUCAAGUGCUGUUCAAGAUUCUGAAACUGAGCUUGAAGCUUCACCAAAGUGCAAGAGACGCAAGCUCACUGCGAAUGCUUCUUCGGAGGAAGCAAACCUGGACGGUCAACAAAAAAUAUCUCACAUUACUGUGGAACGGAACCGGAGGAAGCAGAUGAACGAGCAUUUGUUGGUCCUCCGCUCACUGAUGCCUUCUUUUUAUGUCAAAAGAGGUGAUCAAGCAUCAGUUAUUGGAGGGGUUGCUAACUACAUCAACGAGUUGCAGCAAGUUUUACAAUCCCUUGAGGCCAAGAAACAAAGAAAAGUUUACAGUGAAGUCCUUAGCCCUAGGCUUGUUUCAAGUCCAAGGCUUUCACCACUUAGCCCUAGAAAGCCACCACUAAGCCCCAGACUCAGCUUACCCAUAAGUCCAAGUACCCCACAACCGGGUAGCCCUUACAAGCCCAGGUUGCACCAAGGUUAUCUCUCUCCAACAAUGGCUACUUCACUCGAACCAACGCCUUCUUCUUCUUCCACUUCCACCAUUGACAAUGCUAACGAGCUCGUGGCAAAUUCAAAAUCGGCUGUGGCGGAUGUGGAGGUGAAAUUUACAGGCCCGAAUGUUCUUUUGAAGACGAUAUCACCUCGAAUAACUGGCCAAGCUGCGACGGUAGUAUCCGCCAUAGAUGACCUCUCGCUUGAAAUUCUUCAAGUGAACAUCAGCACCAUGGAGGAGACCAUGGUUCUCUGUUUCACCAUCAAGAUUGGAAUUGAUUGCCAACUUAGUGCGGAGGAACUCGCUCAACGAGUUCAGCAAACAUUCUGCUAA